AUGUCUGGAUAUGAGCGAAAGGAAGCCAAGAGCUUGAUCCGGGCUCUUACACGCAACAACGCCAUUGCCGACGUGACUGUCGGACGCUGCGUGUUAUCGUCUAGCAGUGGAUGCGACCGAUCAGGAACGCGCUGCGCCCGGGACCUGCACUAUCCGGAUACGACUCUGCAAAUGCUGACGCUGCGAGCGAAGUGUUCGCGGAACGAGCAGCUCUUGAGGACCCUUGUGAGCACCGUGUCACGAAUGACCACGCUUACAGACUUCAACGCGGACUUCUGCCUCUACGGUGAAGGCUUCGGCCAACAGAUAAGCAACUUUACCGUGCUGUCCAAUCGGAACAAAUUGCUUCGGCUACGCUGUCGAGACAUCUCCGUGAAGCUGUCUCGACACGCGGCUUCUACACUGGCCAGUGCAGACCUUGGUAAACGACGCUACCGAAAGGAUGCAGACUUGGACGGAAGCAUUGAGACAGGCCUGCAGGCUUUGGGAGCUGCUAAUCGAGUUGCGUCAUUUCGCGUCUCCGUGCUCGUCGAGGUGAAGGUGGUCUUGCCUGCAUGGCAAGAUGAGCUGAAUGAAGAUCCGCGGGAGGACGUCAGCGGCGAACUGAUCAGAGCAGUUGCCCGCAGCGUCAGCCCCAGCAUCGUCACGCUAACUCAAAUUAAGCUGGAGGUGGAAGAUUGUAAAGCCUUCGCCGAAACUGCGCUGAGACAUCUCGUUGAGCUUCAUAUAGCACCGUGCAUCGGUAUCAAGGCGCCGUUUAUUCCACGCUUGACCUCUGGAGCGGCCAGCCAUUUCUCCUUGCUGCAGACUGAGCCGCACGACUACGGCGACAACAUUCCGGAACUGAAAGCCAUCCAGGAAGCGGCAAAAUGGACUCGCGCCCUCGUCGAGCAUGUGGCCCGCUCUGUGCUCAACGGCGACUCGGGCGACUACCGCAGCGGUGCACGAGCCAUCGAGCUCGUCGACCAUCACCCGCGGCUCGUGGACAUCAUUCGGGACGGCGCAGGUGUGAAGAUCGUCGAGACACUGCCGCAUGGCUCGGUCCUCAGUGGCAGCGGUCCGACGUUGCAGCUUGGACGAACUUAUGUGGCUAGCUGGUGUGGUACGACAACGCGUGGUGUGCUGAGACAAUCCAGACGCAGCUCUGCGGCUUCCUGCAUUCGGCGAAACCAGCUGAUAGUACAUUAGACGGAUCACCAGGCUUUAGGUCCCGUAAAACCAUGUGGCAAUA